AUGAUUCAAUUAAUAUCUCCUGUCGCUGCUACUACUGCUACUACCGCAGCUGCAAAAGUUUUAACUAAUCAAUAUUUAUCAUCUCCUUCAUCUUCUUCAUGUUCUUCAUGUUCAAUAAUUGAAAUUAAUAAAGCUAAUUCCUUUUCUGAUUUACCUCCUUAUAAACAAAAAUCAACAACAACUCAAACUCAUUCUAAAACUACUCCUACCACUACAACCACCACUACAUGGGAUAAUCAUAAGUUAAAAUUGAAUAAAGCUGAAUUGAUUAAAUUCUUAAGAAGUAAACUCUUGAAAUUACAAGCUAAUAAACAAAAAUUAUUGAAUAAGUUAAAACAAGAGAUUAAUGAAAAACAUAAUCGAUCCAAAUCUCCAAAAUCAUCAUCCGUGAAUAUUAAAGUUUAUACCAAAUCAACCAAACAACAACAACAAGAGCAAUCUUAUGCUGAUGAUUAUUAUGCUGAUAUAGUCACCUUUGUUGAAAAUUUAGAUUUGAAAGAUAACUCAUUAAUUAUUGAUGGUACAGAUUCAAAAUUAAUCAAUGGAAAACAUAAUCAUCAGCAUAAUCAUAAACAUCAUUCAAAAUCAAUAUAUUCUACUCCGUUACAAUCUCCAUCUCCACAACUCUCAGUCUAUAAUAAACAAAUCAAACAAAUGCAAGAACCAACUCCUCCUCCUGCUUCUCCCCCAGUUAUAGGUGAAAAUGAUCAAGAUGGUUCAUUAUUACCUCCUUAUGAUCAUUAUACCAAUACUACAUACCUUGAUAAACCGAUAAGUAAUCCAUUACCCACUACUAUCAGGUAUAAAUCUCAAUUGAAUCAAUUAUUAUCUUAUCAACAACAACAACAACAAAAGCAAUCAUCACCCCAAUUACCAGACCAAAAUCAAUUCCCACCCCAACAACCCAUGUUUUAUCCACCUCCACCUAUGAUUAGACAACCAGGGUUGAAUUCUUCACCUCCAAUCGUUGCACCACCUACUAUUCCAUAUAUCAAAUUAAAACAGUAUAUCAUGGCGGAAACUAAUCAAUUUUUGAAUUAUUAUUUGAUGAAAUUACCGAACGAUGAAUUCAAAUUAUAUGAUUUUAAACCAUUACAACAUGAAUUAUAUAAUGAUCAAAAAUUGAUUAAACGAUGUUCAUUAUUGUUUAUCGUGGUCAAAUUGGUGGUAUAUGUAAGUUUGGUCAUGAUUGUUGUGAUUCAUUGUUAUUAG